CAAGGUGUAUUUUCUAAGUAAACUUGCUCAGUGAUGUCAUGGGAAAUCAUGCUGAACUGCUCUUUUGGUCUUCUAGAGAUUUCUAAUGCAGACACUUCCUGCUCCACUGUGAUUUGCGGUCCUGACCUUAAAGGCUCUUACUAAAGCAAGUUAAGAAUUUCUUCUAACUGAAGGUUCAGAAGGGACGCAACCAGCAAGUUGGAUCAGUCCACUGUUGACCAUCAGUCUGCACUUGAAAAGCUGGGCUGACACUUUGGGAAGAAAAUGACUGUGACUGGGGAGCCUCCGAAACAAGGCAUUGGGAAUCCUGAAGAGGUGGUGCACUACUUAAACCUGCUCCUCUGCAGCCUCAUCUUCAUCGUUGGGAUCACUGGGAAUGGGAUUGUCAUCUGGCUUACCGGCUUCCAGUUGAAGAAGACCGAAUUCAACAUGUGGUUUCUCAACCUGGCACUGGCAGACUUCUUCUUCAUCCUCUGGCUGCCUCUUCGAAUGGUCAGUCUCUUCCUGCGCCGCUGGCCCUUUGGUUUAGCGCUUUGCAAAGGGUAUUACUUCCUUUCCACUGUCAACAUGUACACCAGCGCCUUCAUCCUGAUGGCCGUCAGUAUUGAUCGCUGCAUCGCAAUGGUCUACCCGCUGUGGCAUCGUAACCACCGACCAAAGCGACUCGCUCAAAAGGUUAGUCAGUGCCUGUGGGUCCUGACCUUCGCCAUGAGUCUGCCUUUGGCUUUUUAUUCAACACUUAAAGAAACCAAAAAGAACGUUUCGAUCUGCUUUGUGGAUAUAUACGUCGCCAGCAAUGUCUCGGACACGCAAAACAGCACUUCUCAGAGGGGACAACAAAUGCUGGCCAAUGUUUUAGCGGUCUUCCUGCCCAUUUUCAUUUGUGGCUUUUUAAUUCCCCUUGGAGUCAUCACCUCCUCCUACUCAGUCAUUGCUUAUAGGAUGAAAACUGAGCGGCUCCGCUUCAAUAACCUCUACAGAUUGCUUGCGGCAGCCGUGCUCUCCUUCUUCAUCACCUGGUUGCCAUCUCGCAUUCUUGGGAUAGUCCAAGUGAUCGCCAUUUACUCCCUAAGAAAGGAAGUGCUCCAACAUUUACAACUGUACCUCCCUCUGGCCUCGAGCAUUGGCUACAUAAACAGCUGUAUCAACCCAAUCCUGUACGUGCUCCUCAGAAAGGAGUUCAAGGACAAGCUGUGGGCUCUGAAGGAAUCCAUGCUCAAAAGAUUGCGGGGGAUAAAGGACUCAAGUAAUGUGAACUCUACUGAAAGGGAGCUUAGCCUCAGCCAUACCUGCCCCCCUUCUAACCGUCUGCAUACUGUGAGCUUGCAAGGAAAUAGAACUGUGAAUACAGGCUCAGAUAUUAACAGCAAUAACCAGGCUUAAAAUAUUGUUAUAACAUACUUAAGAUUGCUUAUAACAAGCGCUUAUACAAUAGUUAAUGCUUCUGAGUGUGUUUAUGAAGGAAUGUUUUUUGAUUAAUGUGUAACACUUUCCUCCAAAUUGUUACUGGCACUUUUUUUUCUUGAAACAAAUAAAAAAAAAAAAAAUUU